AAUCAGAAAGGGUAUUUGGAGCAUGCAUCUCCCAUAGCAACCGAGUGUAUACAAACAAUUUGCUAGGCCAAAAAAUGUCAGAUGAACGGUGUAGUACCGAGAAUAGAAAAUGAGUUCUGCUUUAUCUUCCCUGGGAAAGAACAAGCGGGCUCCCCUGCCUGACCUUCCAGAUCACAGGAGGAGGCCUGUACCUUUCAAGCAGAAACUUUACACAGAUGAUGAAGCGAUUUUACUGAAUGACAUCCUAAAGUCACCAUUUGCUCCAGCUGCUGAUGGUACAUCCACCUCUAUUCCCAAAAAUGCCCUUCUGAAAAUUCCUAAUAAAGGCUCUGUGCCCACUGAUUUGGAACUAAUGUCUUCAAUGAUGCAAAAAUUGACCCAGUUGGAGCAGAAGGUUAUUUCCCAAGCAAAUGAACUCAAACAAAAGGAUAAAAAGAUCUCUGUCUUGGAAGAUAAAAUCAAGAUCCUGCAAAAAUCCAAAGAUGCAUGCAGCAAAGAAUCCAGUCAAAAUGAGGAACUUGAGAGAACCUGCCUUGAGCUCCAGAGUCAGGUCUGGGAAAUGGAGAGAUUUUUAAAUGACUAUGGCAUGAUUUGGGUUGGAGAUAAAAAUCAUCAAAGCACUGAAGACCAUAAAGAAAAUGUUAAGCCCCAGCAGGACAUACUUGGCAAACAAUAUUUGUGGCAACAAGACAACUCCCUGGUGAAGAAUUUUCAUAUGAACUAUGACCUUGUUAUGGAAAAUGUCAAAGACCUUAAUGUUCUUGCUGGAGAAGAAGAAGCUCAAAUUGAACACGUAACAGGAGGUGCCAGGCUAACCCGUCCCAAACCUAUACCCCUAACCCUCUAUAAAAAUGGGAUUCUCAUGUUCAAUGGGCCCUUCCGGUCAUAUGAAGAUUCAAGUACUCAGCAAUGUAUGCAAGACCUAAUGGAUGGCUAUUUUCCAUCUGAACUGCAAAGAAGAUUCCCUGAUGGGGUCCCCAUUAAGAUGAAUGAUCAACGGGAUGUGGAAUUCCAGCAGAACAAUCGCUGGAUUGAAUUUCCUGGUAUUGGACAUACUAUAGGCAACAAAACUGAUCCUGUGCUUAAAGAAAGUGCAAUUCCAGGACCUAAACUUUCAAUGGAACAGUUUUUAAAGAAGCUUCCAAAAACAGUUAUAAAAGAAGGAAAAGUAAUAGACAUCAGAGGAUCUGUUCAACAAAAUUUACAGGGUACAUCAAAGGAACAAAAGGAUAGCGUUAUCCUGAUUGAAACCCCGUGUCUCAUCUCUUUGAAAGAAAGGUUGGAAAUAGAUGAAAGUUCCAGAGUCCCCAGUGCCAAAGAUAUCUCAACACUACGGAUAAAAUCAGAAGAUGGAGAAAAAACGUUUAUCGUAAAGAUGUAUUUCUCUGAAACAAUUGGACAUCUCCGCACAUAUCUUAACCAGCACAGGGGGGAAGAAAGCUGUUAUGACAUCAUCAGCUCAUUUCCACAGAGAGUGUACAGCGACGGAUCAAAAACUUUACAGGAGAGUGGACUUGUCCCCAAUGCAUCUCUACUGCUAAGACCCACAAAGUGUUGAAGUAUUUUUUAACUUUUCAUCUUGGUUUCCUAUUGAUAUAAAACUAACCAAGUUCAUUCUGAAUUGCUCUCGUCCUUAUUUCCAACGGUGUCGUUUAAAUACCAAUAAAUGUUAAAAUUAAUAGAAAGAUA